AAGCCGAGCAGCUUGCACGAUGUCGGGUCGCGAGGGUGGUAAGAAGAAGCCUCUGAAACAGCCCAAGAAGCAAACCAAGGAAAUGGAUGAGGAAGAUAUAGCUUUCAAACAAAAACAAAAAGAAGAACAGAAAAAACUGGAAGAGUUAAAAGCAAAAGCUGCUGGGAAGGGACCACUUGCCAGUGGUGGAAUUAAGAAAUCUGGCAAAAAGUAGACAUUCCUGUGUAGAUAAGAUGGUGAUUCCUUUUGGUUUCUUUCUUGCUUUGUGACAUCUGCAUUUCCUACUUCAACAUCUGUUGCCACCUGCAGUCAAGAUUGUGUCAUCUUAGUCUAUUGUACAUUGUA